AUGAGUGAAGGACAGCCUGACAAGCUUCACGAGAAGGAGAGCUCCCGGUCUUUGAGCCUUGGAAGAGAUUCCUCCAGGAGCAAGGCAGCGAGCAACGUCAGCAUCUCAAGGGCGAUCGAUCAGGCAGCAGCAGGACACGUACAUAGCGCUAAUUCGCUCCCUCCGUUCCAGCCAAGUCCAUGGCAGAGCGAGGACCCGACGCCUUUGGAGGACGCGAUCGAGGCUAUAUUUCACUUCCCUGAGCGAACCAAGAGGAGACGGAGGAGGGAGGGAGGAGCUGAUCAAGACCUCGUAGCUGCCAAGAGAGAAAGAGUUUCGCCUGCCCCAGCAUGGAGCAUGAAGCAAGCGGCCUCGCCAAGCGCCAUGCAGGUGCAUGCAGGAACCUCGUCCGCCUCUGUCACUGCUCGCUCGGCACCCUCGUUGAGUACUGGAAACUGGACUGAGGAGGAGCAUCAGAAGUUCUUGGCUGCGUUGAGGGAGUACUGUCCGGAUGCGGAGAGAGCGGGAUCAGGAGCAGGAGCAGGAGCAGGAGCAGGAGAUAGGACAGGAGCAGGAGCAGGAGCAGGAGAUAGGACAGGAGCAGGAGCAGGAGCAGGAGAUAGGACAGGAGCAGGAGCCGGGGCAGGAGCAAGAGCAGUGGAGGGGAGGAAGAACGUUGGGCUGGGGAAGGGGGUUGCUUACUUGAUCUCAAGGGCUGUGGGGACGAGAACAGAAUCUCAGGUCCGGUCGCACGCACAGAAAUAUUUUCAGAAUCAGCAGAAGAGAUGA